CCUGCGCUCACCUCAAGUCCGGCCUCCAGCCCUCCGUUUGAGGGGGCUCCACGUCUGCAAAAAGAAAAAAGAAAAGAAAAUAAGAACCUGGAAAACGAUGGCCACAUGAAGUUGUUGUGACUUUUUACACGAAGGAGCUUUUUUUGUCGUGUGUGCAAACAAGGAUUUUAACUUUUGGGGAAAAGAGUUAAAAGUUGAAAAAAGUGUCAAGGUGCGACAGCUCAUCCAAUUCCUCUCAAGGUUUUCUUUGUGGGGAUGUUGAGCUCUGUGAAGAUGGAAGCCCACGACAUACCAGAGUGGAAUACUUUCUACAGCGAGGCCAGCGAGAUGUAUUCAUCGCCCAGCAGCAUGAACACUGCCCUGGCAUCGGUGGGCUCUAUGGGGCCCAUCAACAGUUAUAUCAACCUAAACCCGGCGGGCAGUGGAGGUGGCAGCCUGAACAUGGCGUACCCCGGCUCGGGUCUUAGUACAUCCCCGCUGGCCUCCAUGAGCUCGGGCACAGCGCACAUGCCGCUUUCCCCGGUGGCGCCCUCCUUGGGCUCAGGCUCGCUGACCCAGCUGGGUCCGGCCACCGCCCCGGGCUCGCUGUCACACUACGGGAACAUGGGCCAGUCCAUGAGCCAGCUGGCCUACCCGUCGGGCGCCUCCCUGAGCCGCGGCGUGCCCAAGGAAAUCCCGCCCAAACCGUACCGCCGUUCGCUGACCCACGCCAAGCCGCCCUACUCAUACAUCUCGCUUAUCACCAUGGCCAUCCAGCAGAGCGGCAGCAAGAUGCUCACCCUCAAUGAGAUUUACCAGUGGAUCAUGGACUUAUUCCCGUACUACCGGGAGAACCAGCAGCGCUGGCAGAACUCCAUCCGCCACUCACUGUCCUUCAACGACUGCUUCGUCAAGGUGGCCCGCUCGCCCGACAAACCGGGCAAAGGCUCCUACUGGACGCUCCACCCGCAGUCGGGUAACAUGUUCGAGAACGGCUGCUACCUGCGGCGCCAGAAACGUUUCAAAAUUGAUGACAAGCUAGCCAAGAAGGCGGCGAAGGACGGCGGCAAGAGGGGCGAGGCGGCCGGCGAAUGCAGCCCAGCUGGCGGCGGUUCGGACGAAGCUGACUCGGCCCACUCAGACAACUCCCACCCAGGUUCCUCCGACGACCAGUCCCUGCCCCGUGGAACCGCUAACAGCUCCUUGCUAGUACCGCUGGACUGCCCGCCGCCAACUGCCCCCACCGUUGUGCCGCCCUCCUCCUCAGCCUCCAUCUUCCACUCCCAGUCUGCCCACCUCCUUCCCGGCGCCAUGGGGCAGCACAUGGAGCUCCCCAACGACGCCCUUAAGUCCCUGGACCCCCACUACAACUUCAACCACCCCUUUUCCAUCACCAACCUCAUGUCCAACGAGCAGAAGAUGGACCUCAAGUCCUACCAGGACCAGGUGAUGGCGUACAACAGCUACGCCGCCGCCGGAUCACCUGUGGCCGCCAAGCAGAUCUACGAUAGCCCCGGACCGGCUGCCAUGGACUCUGGUGCUUACUACCAGACACUUUACAGCCGCUCUGUGCUCAACGCGUCCUAAUCUAAAAUGGAGGUUCUUGGAGAGACUCAAAAAAAAGACACCACCUUUGGAAAGCCGUUGGAGCAUUUAGUCAUUUACUCAUUGGUCUAGCACCAUCAAUGGGAGCCAAUAAAUUAAGAUCCAGUUUAAAUUCCAUGUAAUAGUACUAACUACUGGCAAAAAAAAAAAAAUCUACCCUCUGGUCGAACAACUGUGUCCUACCAGGAAUGUUUUUCCUCAUGUUAUCAGAUCAACUGUCUUUCUCGUAAAAUUUUUUCAACUACUAGUGAGACUUUUGUCCUACUCCGAACUCAUAGCAUAGACUUCAUAGUGAUAUUGACAGGUCAGAUUCCACCUUCACAGCGCCACGCCUCCAAGUAGGGGGCCAUCCCACAAUCCGCUUCAGUUAUUCGCAGUCGGUUGCAGCGACACAUGCAGCGAUCCAACGCCGGAUUUAGGUUGAAAAAGUACGAAAGUUGUACCGCAUACCAACAGGAAGGAUUGUCUGUGAUAUGAUAUAAGUGAUAUGUUCGAUGAUUCAAGGUUAUUAUUAUAGUUUUCGUUUUUUCACAAGAAUUUUCAACGUAAAAAUCUCUUUGUUGUAAGGCUGCCGCCACAUUGACUAACAGACUGGGAUCGUACUUCGACAUAUUUACGUAAAAUAAAUGCUACCUGCCUGGUUUUUUGCUCUUUAAACAAAGAAUCGAGACUGUUUUAAGUCCAUAUCUAUAAAGAAUUCAGGGUUUUAAGCAUUUUUUCACAAGAAUUUUCACCGGAAAAGCUGUUUCCAUAAGGCGGCCGCCACAUUGACUAAAAGACUAGCAUCGUACUUCGACAUACUGUAUUUACGUAAAAUAAAUGCUAACUGCCCGUUUUUUUUCUCUUUUAACAAAGAAUUGAGACUGUUUUACGUCCAUAUCUAUAAAGAAUUCAGGGAUUUAAGCAUUUAUUCACAAGAAUUUUCACCGGAAAAGCUGUGUUUACAUAAGGCGGCCGCCACAUAGACCAACAGGCUAGCAUCGUACUUCGACAUAUUUACGUUAAAUAAUUGCUAACUGCACGUUUUUUUUGCUUUUAACCAAGAAUCGCGACUGUUUUGCAUCUAUAUCUAUUAAAAAAUUGAGGGAUUUAAGCAUUUAUUCACAAGAAUUUUCAAUGGAAAAGCUCUGUUUACAUAAGGCAGCCGCCACAUUGACUAACAGACUAGCAUCGUACUUCAACAUAUUUACGUAAAAUAAAUGCUAACUGCAUGUUUUUUUUUUGCUUUUAACCAAGAAUUGAGACUGUUUUGCGUCUAUAUCGAUAAAAAAUUGAGGGAUUUAAGCUUUUAUUCACAAGAAUUUUCACUGGAAAAGCUCUGUUUACAUAAGGCAGCCGGCACAUUGACUAACAGACUAGCAUCGUACUUUAACACAUUUACGUAAAAUAAAUGCUAACUGCAGUUUUUUUUUGUGCUUUUAAUCAAGAUUCAAGACUGUUUUACAUCCAUAUCUAUUAAAAAAAAAAUUGAGGGAUUUAAGCAUUUAUUCACAUGGUUUUCAACGAAAAAAGCUCUGUUCACAUAAGGCGGCCACCACAUUGACUAACAGACUACCAUCGUACUUCGACAUAUUUAUGUAAAAUAAAUGCUAAUUGCACGUUUUUUUGCUUUUAACCAAGAAUCGAGACUGUUUUGCGUCUAUAUCUAUAAAGAAUUUAGGGAUUUAAGCAUUUAUUUCCAAAAAUUUUCAACGAAAAAAGCUCUUUGUUUGUGAUUCCACUCGGUCACAAUGCAGGCCCCCUAUAAAUUGGCCCCACGCCCCGUGUCCCGUCAAUAUCAUUAAGAAGUCUAUGCCAAUAGUAUACGAGCUAACGCCUCGUAAACAACUCAUGCGGUUUUCUCCACGCAGUGCGGCAAAGUUGUUCAACAAAUUCGGACAUAGAGAGCACUAGUACAUGGAUUUUAAUCUGGAUUUGAAGGAUCUGAAAUAAAUGUCCAAAAGGCUUUGCUCACCACAUUUUUUGAAGGACCAUAAUUGUAUUCCCCCAUUAUGGAGACUCCCUGGUUACACACAAUUAUGAAAUUGAUGAUUAAGAUGGACUCUGUACAAAGUGUAAAUAGCGGCAAUGUGUGCGUGAGUGCAUGGCUGUGUCAAAGGGGUAUUUGCAUUUAUUUAUAAAGGGAAUAAAUUUUAAUAUAUCUUACAUUCUGCUUUGUCCAAACAGUUACAAAUGUGUGCUUCAGGUGUUACUUUCAAGUUUUAAGCUUCAUGUUACAAAAAAUUUCCGUGAGUACCGCAUGCCCUUAACGGGUUAUUCUGGAAUAAGGGAUGUUCCGAAGCUCAUGAAUAUUGGGACUUGAAUGUCCUGGUGUGGGAAGAUUUUAGAAUCAGAUCAGUUCUGGAAUAAAGGUGUUCUGGAAUAAAUUAUUAUUCUGAAGUAGGCGGCAGGGAUGCCUUCUAAUGGCUUUGUUCUUUUUUUAAAUAAGCAAUGUGAUGGGAAUAAGAUUGUUUUGGGGAUUUUGGAAUGUUGUCUUCUGCUACUUCCAGAAUGAAACACAAUUCUGGAAUGAAGAAAUGUUCUGUUAUGGGAAAUAUCCAGAAUAGAAAUAUUCCGGGAAAAAAUCUGUUCCAGCAAAAAGUACUAUUUAGGAUUAAUGAAUCUGCUGGCAAUCUGUGAUUGGAAAGAUCUAAAAUAGGAUAUUGUGGGAAUACUUUCAAAAGAUGUUUAAGAAUAUCAUUUUUGUAAUAAGUAAUGCUGUGGAACAGGAAUGUGUAGGGAUGGGAACGAUCUGUAGUAGUAAUGUUCUAUACAUGAUAAAGGAUUAUUCUGGAAUAAGGAUAAGGUUAUAGAAUAGGAAUGCUCUCGAAUAUAAAUAUUGUAUUUUGAGAGGAGUGUUUCGGGAUUGGAAUGAUCCGGAUUAUAGAGGAAGUUUGGAAAAUGAAGGCAAAGUAAACUGUGGUAAAUACUUUAAAAAACAACAUUCCGUGUUUCAUUUUCGUUUUUGUUACCUGUUAAGAGUUGCUUAACUCGGACCGGACCAUUCAUUCACAAGUGUGUGUUGUGCGCAUAUGUAUGAAGUCAGUUACUAAAACGAGAGGGGAGGAGAGAUGCACUAUGGGAGAUUUACAUACAGUACUUUGCACUAUGGAGCUCCCACUGGCCAGGUGGGCUGAUAGUGUGCGCGUUUGUGUGUUUGUGCAUGUUUGUGUGUGUUACCAUUCCGAGUGGGGGUGGUCUCUCUGAGGUUCAGCAAAACUGUCACAUUGCGGUCAAAAGGGCCUUUCCACAUGAUCACUUAUCAAUAAAGUGGAGGACGAGAAACAUCGAGGUCACAUGACGGAAGAAAAAAAUGUCGCAUUUAAGCUAUGUGGUCGCUUUUUGUUUUCACACUUGUUUUUUUAACUGCGUGUCCUUAUAAUAUAUUGUUCCUUUUUCUUCUCAAUGUGAUGACCAGCAUUUUUCUUAAUAAAAAGGUUCAAAUGGG